UUAAUAUAGUUUUGUUACUGUGAAUAAUACAUUCGGCUGAAAUAAUCUAAUUCUGAAGAUAUAUAGAUAUGAUCGAUCAAUUAUAGGUUACCAAUUUAUCAGUGAUAAUUAUUGAGUGACUUCAUGGUGUUUUUAAAUGUACACGUGGUUUGCCCGUGCUGUUUGUGUACGGAGAACGAUUUGGUCCGGAUUAGAGACGAUUUUAAUGCUAAGCGAAAACAUCAGUGAAAACCUGUCAGACGGGUCAUCACGCGCACACCCGAGGUCAUCCACCCAUGAAAUUCGCUCUGUGUAUGAAAUGCGGUUGUGCCUGAAAUGUGCAGCAGAUAACGGGAGUUGAGGAAUUUACGAGAGGGACUUCAUAAUUAGGAUUUGGGGGUGAAGGGGGUAACAGGUGCAUCACAUUUGCCAAAAAAAAAAGUCAAAACGCCUGUAAGAGACCCUACUCCACCCCCAUAAAGUUUUAUGAUAAUUAUAUCGGAAAUCAACAAGGAGAUCGGAAGCCUUUGUGGUACCACUCAGAGACAUGCUAUAAACGAGAUUGUGUCAACAGUGGUUGUCUGUGUGAAUAACAUGCCGCGUUACGUCAUCCUGCUAAAACUGAUUUUAACGUCAAUUGGCGUGACGUUUUUGGCAACCGAAGGCAGUGAACCAGACGGACUCGUGCUAAGCACCAGCGGAGACACAACAGUGCUAGUUUUGAUGGACAUCCACAAAUCCAUUGACCACAACAAUGUCUGUGCUGAUUUUUCAACAAGGACGGCGGAACUGGUUUUCACUCUGGAAUGGCUGAAUCAGAAUAUGGUCAAAAAUGGGAAAACUCCGAAUCCAGGUUUAUUGGUUUACGACACGUGCGGUGACGUCAAACGAACAUUGCUCAUUUUGGGAUCUGUCUUCGUCUCGGACAAUAUCAGCGUAUCAAGUGUGAUAUCAUAUGGCAACCCUUCAGUACACUCCAAUAUAUCUAAUUUUCUUCAACCUUUUGGGAUUCUUCACAUUCACAUUAACCAGUCAGCCCACGUAUCGACCCAAGAGAACUUAGAGAUAGAUAUUGGUACGAUUUCUCCAUGGAAAAUUCGGGAUAUUUUAAGGAUUAUAACAGAUUUGGACUGGAAUGAGUUUGCUGUGGUAUCCUCUAAUCAUCCCUCAGCUAUAACAUCACGUGAUUUAUUUCUAAAAAUGUCUGCUCCACAUUCCCUUUGCAUUACUUCUGCCUUUACUUUUGAUGACGUUAAAGAUUAUGAUUCGUUACCACGCCUCGUCAUCCUCUUUGUGUCGGCAGACGACAGCUAUGACGUAAUCACGUCCAACAAAGCUUUUUCUAACAGCCUGGUUUUGGUCACUGCCGAUCAUUGGGAAGAUCUGCCUUCAAAUUUUUCGGACAUAUUUUUAUAUCUCGAACAUUUAAAUACUUCAGCAGACCUUGUGCGGUAUGUGGAAGAACAAAUUGAAGAUAUGUCGAACAAUUCAUCUGUUUUGAAUUCAUACAGAAAAUAUAACGGCUGUGUGAAAAAGGAGAAAGGCGUAAUCUGCAAGGGGCAGACAUUGGCGAUGUUUCUGCCUACUCGUUUUGUUGGAAGGGAUAUUGAAGCCACGGUGUCGGCGCUAUUAAAUGCACGUAAUCUUCUAAAGCACUUUGAUUCAAACAACUGCUCAGGUUCCGAUCUUUCUUAUUGUCGUGGAAUGGAUGGAUUUCAGGCAAUUCUCUCGGGGUUUUCUGAUAGCAGUCUUGGUUUCAUUGGGAAGUACCAGUUGUCGGGUUACUUUGGUGGAGAAAUGACGUCGUACAUGAAUCGUGGAUACAUCACUGUUGCAGAAGUGCAUAACAAAAAAUUAGAAGUAAUGAAUACUAUUACAUGGGAUCGAUUGAAAACCCUGUCUAGUGGUGCCUGUCCCGAAGGCUUGUGUGUCAACUGCACAAGAUUGCCGGGGCCCCUUAUGGAAAAAGAAAAUGUUGUGCUAGAGGGAGAUGUGAAUAUCAGACUUCGGCUACCACUCACAAAGAAUUCUCCUGUUGGAAAGGCUUGUAGUGUUUGGGAUAUUGAUGGUGUGGCUUUGGCAGAAUAUAUGAAAUAUGAGCUAUUGGACAUUCGAAGACGGUUCCCAAAUGUGUUACACAAUAUUAAGUUGGGAGGCGUUGUUCUCGACUCGUGUCAAAGAGAAUCAGUUGAAAACGAAAACAUAUUUGUGGAUAUUGAAUAUGUAAGUGACGCUGAUCUCCUAUCAUAUAAUUCUGCCCCCUCUGGAAAUCGUUUCACUGUAUCGUCUUUAGGUGUGUCACUCGGAAAACCAGAAUCCUCUCAUUUCGUGCGUGCAUCAAUAGACCUGCUGAUAUCAUUAAAAUGGACGUACGUAAGCAUAUUAUUUUCACCAGGAGAAACAUUGUUAACAGAAUUCGAGAACUAUCUCCGAAGAAAGGAAAAUGAUAUAUGUAUAUCGAAUAAAGUAGCAAUAGAUGGGAAUUUGACAGAGAUAGCGAUGACACUGCAGAAGAUUUUGACGAAAUCGAGUGGUGGCGCUCUAGUUCUGCUUACAAACGCCAAAGAUACCUCGCUGUUUCAGACGGUAUUAUUCAACAUCAACAAUGCUUAUAGUGGCGCUAAUUUGAUUACAUUUCCUUGGAAUCAGGGUAUUAUCAUACACCCGGGAACUAUCGCCAUUUUGCGGUCAGAAAGUCUAGUUGGAGAUGCUGCGUCAGUGAUGCAAAAUCUUAAUCCAUAUGUUAAUGACAGCGACCAGCUUUUGGAUGGUAUGCACAAACACAAAUACAAAUGUAGCUUGACAGUACACCCAGAGAUGGUUUAUCCGGACAUUUGCCCAGCUUCUCCAACAUUUGCAAAUGAUACAUUGUCGGACGCCACUCUAUCUGCCAUAAGAAAUGCCGUUGAAUCGACUGUUUUGGUAUUGGACAAGUACUACCAAGAUGCCUGUCCAUCGCAGAUGGGCAAAUGUUACAGCAUGACUAAUGAUGUAAAUCUUCAGAGGUAUCUUACUGCUAUCCCAUCAGAUAACCGUUACUCACCCUCAUUCAAGGAGCUUGUCACGAAUAAAGACGUCUUCAUUUACCAGGGAAAUUAUUCACAUUCAUCACCAUUGAAGGUGGGAUCUAUAGACACAGACGGAAAUGUUUCUGCAGACGGGAAUGCAAUCAUGACUUAUAACGCCGACUUUGUACCCUACACUGCUGUCCACCAAUGUCCAGACUGGUGUUCAGAAUGCUCUGGAUGUCCAUCAGCUGCUACUGACGACAGCAAAGACUUGUAUCAGUCAGGGGAUGUAGUCUUAGCGGCAUUGUUUCCCAUUCAUAAGAGUGUUGCAUCUUUUUGUGAUGCCUUGGCCACGGAUAAACGAGCAGAUAUGAUGAUAGACGCUUUCCUGUUUGCGCUCACCACAGCUAAAGAUCGGUAUCCGUACCUUCUGCCUGGGGUUCUUCUCGGCAGUCUUCUGCUGGAUACGUGUUCGGACGUCGGCGCCACAUUACAGACUAUAAUGAAUUUUGAAACCUGUCGAGCUAGUUACGCAGACAAUGGAAUGAUUGCAGGACCAGAGUUACUGACCUUGUAUGUAAACGCUGACUCGGGGAACAUCUCAAAUCAAAUUCAGGACACUGUGCAAAGAUAUAAGAAGGUUUCUUUGGCAAUAACUGACGAAUUGCCAUCUUCACAUGAUGAUGUCACUUCUCGAUUUUAUUAUCCAUAUUCUAAAGCUGGUAUACGUACCAUUGUAGAAAUUUUAAACUAUACACAGUGGACAUAUAUAGAUAUCAUUCGAUCAAACAAUACGAUGUAUGAUUCCGUGGUGACUGACCUCUUGUCAGCUUGUAAGUCCUUCAAUAUAUGUGUUCACAGAGUGAUCCCAAUCGGUAGAUACAUGGAUUCAUCAGAGCCAACCCUCACAGUGGGUGUGAUCCUGGCAGAUAUGGUUGAAAUCAAAGAGUUUUUCAAGUCUCUUAUUUCCAUACCUCAGGAUCGGUCCUUUAUCGUAGGCGAAAUCGUGCCAUCGUGGAAAUAUGUAUCAGGCUUUACACUUCCAAAGAACGCACGCAUUAUUGCUAUCGAACGCGUUGGAAAACUUAAUACAGAUUUGAUGACAGCUAUUUCUAAUAGUUCACACAUUUUUAAACGGAAUCCAUGGAAAAAGGAAUUUGAUAACGCUUUGUCUGGUUGCUCUACUCCUCGAUGUAAGUACCAGGCAGAUCCUCAAAUAGCUUCUAAAAUCGUGUUUGGUGUCGAUGUGAUUCUCCAUGCCUUCCACAACAGAUAUAAGCAUCUGUGUCCAAACUAUUACGGAGUCUGCCAAACGUUUGCGAAAGAAGGAGUGCAACUUCAGAGAGAUCAUUUGCACAACAUCUCCUUCAAGUAUCUUGAUAACAUCCAAGUAGAUUUUCCUUUCAAAAAUAUCGAGUCUUGGGCAUUUGUUAUAAAGAAUUUCAAGGGGGCGUCACUCGUUGAUAUCGGCAACUACUCGGAUGGCGUUCUACACUUGGAGAGUAUAUACGACACAAACGGUCGGAUCUCUCUCGGACAGGAACCUCGGUGCUUCAGUAAUUGUCGUUGCGUCGGACUCGAGAAGGAGGCGAACGAAACAGACACUGAGGAUUUAAAAGUUGAUCCUUAUGCCCAAACCGAGCUGAAGUUCUUCAAAUCCACCGCAGAACUCAACAAGGAGUUGUGGACUAUAAUAGUGUUAAUAAUAGGAGUCGGCGGAUCAUUCGUGGCUUUGUGUUUUGUGAUUUACGUUUUCCAUAAAGUGUGUGCUGGAUUCCUGUCUAAACGCUACGUGGGCCUGGGUAUACUGCUGCUCGUUUCCAUAGUAUUUUUGUUCUUAUCCGUUCUUCCGUUUGUGUUCACUCCCAGCAGAAUGGUCUGUUCAACAAGAUUCUUCAUUCCAGGUUUUGCAUACACAUUGUCAUUCGCAACAAUAAUGACGAAGAUAAUGUCCCUUAGAUCGUACAAGCUGAUCGGUUUGGGCGGCGAGUUGUCCAACAUCAAUCAGUUUCUAACGGUGCUAUUUAUUACGGGUGUUCAGGUGGCAGUUGGCGUUCAUUUCUGGUACAUCGAAGAUAACAAGUUAGGAUUUCUACGCACAAAACUAAAUGACAUAAAUGAACCAGAGUACGCAUGCGUGUUUGAUAGAACUGAGUUUGUGAAAUAUUUAGUGUUUGUUAUGUUUCUUAUAAUGCUCAGUGCAAUAUAUUCCAUUUUCGUGCGAAACGAAACGAAAAACAUGGGUGAAGCUAAAUUCAUUAUGAUUUAUUCAUGGUUAUGCAUAAUCAUAUGGGUGUCAUGGAUUGCCACUCUUUUAGUUUUGCCAAUUCAUUGGGCGGAAGUGAUCGUAUGCAUUGGAAUUUUGACAUGCGCAACACUGAUGACUCUGAUAGUAUUUUUACCAAAAUUACAUCGGAUCUCGCGUCUCAAGUACGAUAUCAAACGGUCAGGGAUGGAGAAUGGGGGUUAUAAAGUGGAUCCCGACUUCAUGUUCGAGAGACCGUACACACUGCCGUCGACGUCACGGACCUCAUUCAAAUACUCGGAUAAGACUAACCCUAGGUUUAUAUCCUCUUUUGACACAAGUCUUAGUUACUAAGACAGUAUGGCUCAAAUGCUCUUUCUAGAAAUGUCUUGAAUAUAUGACGAUGCUGUUAAAUGUUUGUAAUAUUGAACAUAUUUGUUUUAUCUGUAAUACUGUUAGAAAAUAAAUAAAUAUUUUGACAUUU